AUGAAGCAGCCUCGCUGUCUGUGUGAGAUUUGUAUCUGCGGGCGCCAUCGCUGCCCUCAUAAACCCACAAAGAUUUAUGAUAAUGGACCACAGCCACGCUUCACAACUGAGUAUGGGGAAAACUACCCCAUCUACGGCAACGUCCCUCCUCCCCGCAGCCUCAGGCCGAAGCAAGAGUACCAAGGACAUCGUGGAAGAAUGGAAGGAAUGACAACAUUUAAAUCUGAUUAUUUACCGUAUGAUAUUGUGAAGCGACCUUUUCGGGUACAAGAAGAAUAUAAACCAAAGACAGGAGAGAUGGAACUAAGAACCACAUACCGGAAAGAUUAUAACGCUCAUAAAAUACAACCAGUGACACUAGUAAGACCUCUAGAGAGAGAACACACUACAGGAGGAAAAUUUGAUACCAUACCAACCUAUCAAGAUGACUAUAGGUCAUGGGCAGUUCAAAGACGAGAACCUAGUAAGGUGGAUGCAUACCAGCCACCUACAGUGAAGUUUGGAAACUCUACUACGUUUCAGGACGAGUUUGUUCCUAAGGAACUGAAUCCCAGACAAAGCUUUAAACCUCGUUGUGUAGCCAAGCUUUCAGAUGUGCCUUUUGAGAGUGCUACUAGCCAUCGUGCUUCUUAUAUUGCUCAUCAACUGGGACCAAAAUUCAUGAGACCAAAAGAAGAAUAUAAGCCCAGCAACCAACCCUUUGAAGGUCUCACAACCCACCAAAAUGAUUUUAAAGGGCUGCCUGGGCAACUUGCAAAAAGCUGCAAGCCUGAAUACACAAAAGUUGGAUCCAAUGCUCAGUUUAAUGGAGUCACUGAAUUCCAAGAUCAUUUUCAGCCAUGGUUGGUCUCCUUGCCUGAGGUCCGCAAAACAAGAGAGUAUGUACCACCCUCAGGCAAUAUGGAUUUGAACUCCACCACCCAUCUUGAUUAUGUUAAGCAUAAGAUUUCUCCUGCUGUCCCCAUAAGACCAGUUUCUAAUCAAAAAAGAACCAAUGCCCCUUUUCAAGGGACCACUACUACAAAAGAAGACUUCAAAGCCUGGGACAUCUGCCAGCAAGAGAUUACUAAGAAACAACAGGAAAUACCAAAACCCACUGGAAAAUUUGAUGAUCUAACUACAUUUAAAUCUCAUUACAUACCAUAUCAGAUCAUUCCAGCUCAAAGUUUCAAACCUAUACAUUUAGUUCCCAGAUCAGCUCCUUUUCAAGAUGAAACUACUUAUCGCACAGAAUAUACUCCAAAGAAACAAAACAUCUGCCCAGCAAUUUACUCAUCUCCUCCAGGUUAUGUUUACGUAAACACGGAUUCUCAUGGCCACAAAUUCUUCUGCCAGCUUACUCCAGAAUUUUCUGAAUCAAAUAAUAAUCUUAUUCCAAAGGAAGUAGCUGUUGUGUCAUAA